UAGGGCACUGGAGUUCAGCUAACUUGAAAACGAAAUAGCUCCAACAAGGAGCACAGAGUAAGUGUAUCCCCGAUAUUUUGCAAAUCGUAAAAUCAUUUUUAAGGGCUGCUCUUGAGGCAAGGUUUUCAUGACCGUAACAUUCCAGCUGUGGUUUGGGAGGCAGCAUGUUUACUACAGCUCAAUACACAAGGACGGUCGGUGUGCAUUCUUACAGCUGAAAGUCUUAAAAAAGAAGCUGAGUGAGUAAACCUUUAUUCAGCAAGCUUCCAGCCACGUUCCUAUGGAACUUCGGUGGUCAUUCUGGAAUGUGAGGCCAACAGCACCGCAGUCAUGGCGAGCCCUGGUGGCUCAUAGGCACUGUGGCAGGCCGUCCUGGCUAAUCGCUGCAGGCAGCCCAUGGAAAACCAGUUUCUGGUUAAGUCUGCAUCACUCUGUUCCACCAAUGGAAAAAAUUGAACAUGAUGAGGGUGUGUAGCUAGCAGACAAAAAUAUAUCCAGCAUUGCACAGGAUCUGUUUUUAGCUCUUAACGGCUGAGCAUUGGAAGUGUUAGACACUGUUUCCUGGCUUACCAUGGGCAGAAAGAAGAGAGAGCCCCCGGGUCUGCACAGAAAGUCCAGCUUUGUGAAACUUUCUCUCUUAACGAGCAGACCUUGAGAGAAACUGUGGCCAAAGCUUUGGCAAAGGGUCGUUCAUGAAUUCACUUCCUGCAUCUGUUAAAUGUGCCGCCUUGCCCUCAAGACCAUGUAAAGCCUGCUGACUGCUAAUCUCCCUCAUAGCAGAAAUUACCCUGAGGUUAAAAUGGGGAACUCCGAGAGUCAGUACACCCUUCAAGGAUCUAAAAACUACAGCAAUACUGUUACUGGUGCUAAGCAAAAGCCUUGCUCCCUGAAAAUCCGCAGCAUCCAUGCAAAAGAUGAGAAGUCAUUGCAUGGGUGGGGCCAUGGAAGCAGCGGGGCAAGCUACAAGUCCAGGUCUCUGGCCCGCAGCUGCCUUUCUCACUUUAAGAGUAACCAGCCUUAUGCAUCGAGACUCAGUGGACCUACCUGCAAAGUGUCCAAAGGUACUAGCUACUCCAAGCAGAGGACAAAUGCCUCAGGGAACGACUCCCAGGGAAAUAAUGCUGCUUUCUCCCCUGAGAAUGGCUUCCACUACGUUGGCCACCAGCCAGCAGAUAACCACAUCGCCUCUAGAGACUGCAAUGGACACCUUCUCAACUGCUAUGGGAAGAAUGAGAGUGUUGCAUCCACCCCUCCAGGCGAAGACCGCAAGAGCCCCAAGGUGCUCAUCAAAACGCUGGGGAAGCUGGAUGGCUGUUUAAGGGUUGAGUUUCACAAUGGUGCCAACCACAGCAAAGUGCCUGCAGAGGACUCCAGGGGACCAGUGCAGCUGCUGAGGUAUUCACCCACCUUAGAAUCAGACACCUCCCAAGUGCCCGCAGCCAGGAGGAAUUCUAGCUCCGAGUACCCGUCCAGCCACCGCCUUUCUUCCACUGACUCUCGCCUACGGUCCAGCAAAGGAAGCUCCCUGAGUUCCGAGUCAUCCUGGUAUGACUACCCGUGGGGCAAUGCUGGAGAGAUGAGCGAAUUAGAGGGCUCCUUCCUGGCCCCUAGCACCCCCGACCCCAGCCUCCAUGCCAGCUUCCCACCAAGUGAUGCCAAAAAGCCUUUCAGCCAAAGUGCUUCUCUCUGCUCUCUCCGGGAACUGUACAAAGACACCGCCCUUGGGGGUCUCCCUCCCACGGGCAUCCGGCUCUCUGAUGAGUACAUUGGCACGCACGCCGGCCUAAGCAACCGUGUCUCCUUUGCCUCUGACAUCGAUGUGCCCUCCAGAGUGGAGCACAGGGACCCCGUCCAGUACAGCUCCUUCACCCUCCCCUGCCGCAAGCCCAAAGCCUUGACUGAGGAUACUUCUAAGAAGGACACCCUGAAAUCCCGAAUGCGGCGGAUCAGCGACUGGACAGGAAGCCUCUCCCGGAAGAAAAGGAAACUCCAGGAGCCCAGGUCCAAGGAGGGCAGUGACUACUUUGACAGCCGCUCCGAUGGACUGAAUGUGGACACACAGGGGCCCUCCCAGCUGUCGGCUUUCCUGUGGUCAGGGGGGUCGGGGCAGGUCCUGCCUCAGAGGAGCGAGUCCACAAACGCGAUCGGCAGCGACUCCCUGCGGCAGAACAUUUACGAGAACUUCAUGCGAGAGCUGGAAAUGAGCAGGACCAACACGGAGAACAUAGAGACGUCCACAGAAACAGCAGAGUCCAGCAGCGAGUCGCUCAGCUCCUUGGAGCAGCUGGAUCUCCUCUUUGAGAAGGAGCAGGGAGUGGUCCGCAAAGCCGGGUGGCUCUUCUUCAAACCCCUUGUCACUUUGCAGAAGGAAAGAAAGCUCGAGCUGGUGGCCCGGAGGAAGUGGAGACAGUACUGGGUGACGCUCAAAGGAUGCACCCUGCUGUUUUAUGAGACCUAUGGCAAGAAUUCCUCAGAUCAGAGUAGUGGCCCUCGGUAUGCUCUGCUUGCAGAAGACAGCAUGGUCCAGUCUGUCCCCGAGCACCCCAAGAAGGAGAAUGUGUUCUGCCUCAGCAACUCCUUUGGAGACGUCUACCUUUUCCAGGCUACUAGCCAGACAGAUCUGGAAAAUUGGGUGACUGCCAUACAUUCUGCUUGUGCGUCCCUUUUUGCAAAGAAGCACGGGAAAGAGGACACAGUCCGGCUCCUGAAGAACCAGACCAAAAACCUGCUUCAGAAGAUAGAUAUGGACAGCAAGAUGAAGAAGAUGGCUGAGCUACAGCUGUCGGUGGUCAGUGACCCAAAGAACAGGAAAGCCAUAGAGAACCAGAUUCAGCAAUGGGAGCAGAACCUGGAGAAGUUUCACAUGGAUCUGUUCAGGAUGCGCUGCUAUCUGGCCAGCCUCCAAGGUGGGGAGCUGCCAAACCCCAAGAGUCUCCUGGCCGCCACUAGCCGCCCCUCCAAGCUGGCCCUCGGCAGGUUGGGCGUCUUGUCGGUUUCUUCCUUCCACGCGCUGAUAUGCUCUAGAGAUGACUCUGCUCUCCGGAAGAGGACACUGUCGCUGACUCAGCGAGGGAGAAAUAAGAAGGGCAUAUUUUCUUCAUUAAAAGGCUUGGACACGCUGGCGAGAAAAGGGAAGGAAAAGAGGCCUUCCAUAACUCAGAUAUUUGAUUCAAGUGGCGGCCAUGGAUUUUCUGGAACUCAGCUACCUCAAAACUCCAAUAAUUCCAGUGAGGUCGAUGAACUUCUGCCCAUAUAUGGUUCAACCGCAGAUGGCGUUCGCCGAGACAGCACAUGGGAAACGCAGGCUUAUGUUCACUUUCAGGAUAAUCAAGGAGUCACUGUCAUGAUCAAACCAGAACACAGAGUAGAAGAUAUUUUGACUUUGGCAUGCAAGAUGAGGCAGUUGGAGCCCAGCCACUAUGGCCUACGACUUCGAAAAUUAGUAGAUGAAAACUCCGAGUGGUAUAGUCCCACGCUACAUGAGUACAUGCAAGACCAGGCUUACGAGGAAAUAGAAAUCUUUCCGCUGAAUGUUCGUGCUGUGCAGCUGGCUAAGACUGGGAGUGUCCCCGACUUUGGGUUUGCAGUGACAGCCCAGGUAGAUGAACACCAACAUCUCAGCCGGAUAUUUAUAAGUGAUGUUCUCCCUGAUGGCUUGGCAUACGGGGAAGGGCUGAGAAAAGGCAAUGAAAUUGUGACCUUAAAUGGGGAAGCCGUGGCUGAUCUUAACCUGAAGCAGAUGGAGGCCCUGUUUUCUGAGAAGAGCGUGGGGCUCACUCUGGUCGCUCGGCCUCUGGACGCAAAAAGAACUCUGGGUACUUCCUGGUCUGACAGUGACCUGUUCUCCACCGACCAGAAACGGCUGCUGCCUCCCCCUAACCAGUCCCAACUUCUGGAGGAAUUCCUGGAUAACUUUAAAAAGAACACAGCGAAUGAUUUCAGCAAUGUCCCUGACAUCACGACUGGUCUGAAAAGGAGUCAGACGGAUGGCACCCUGGACCAGGUUUCCCACAGGGAGAAAAUGGAGCAGACGUUCAGGAGCGCUGAGCAGAUUGCGGCACUGUGCAGGGGCUUCACUGAUACCCAGACGGGCGACAUGGAGGCACCGCGGGAGAGUCGGGACGCCCCACCCCGGCCCCUGGCCCGCCACCUCUCCGACGCAGACCGUCUCCGCAAAGUCAUCCAGGAGCUCGUGGACACGGAGAAGUCCUACGUGAAGGAUCUGAGCUGCCUCUUUGAAUUAUACUUAGAGCCACUUCAAAGCGAGACCUUUCUUACACAAGAUGAGAUGGAGUCACUUUUUGGGAGUUUGCCAGAGAUGCUUGAGUUUCAAAAGGUGUUUCUGGAGACUCUGGAGGAUGGGAUUUCAGCGUCAUCUGACUUCAACACACUUGAAACCCCCUCGCAGUUUAGAAAGUUACUGUUUUCCCUUGGAGGUUCCUUCCUUUAUUACGCGGACCAUUUUAAACUGUACAGCGGAUUCUGUGCUAAUCAUAUUAAAGUACAGAAGGUUCUAGAACGAGCUAAAACCGAUCAAGCCUUCAAGGCCUUUCUGGAUGCCCGCAACCCCACCAAGCAGCAUUCCUCCACGCUAGAGUCGUACCUCAUCAAGCCAGUCCAGAGAGUGCUCAAGUACCCGCUGCUGCUCAAGGAGCUGGUGUCCCUGACGGACCACGAGAGCGAGGAGCACUAUCACCUGACAGAAGCACUAAAGGCAAUGGAAAAAGUCGCAAGCCACAUCAAUGAGAUGCAGAAGAUAUACGAGGAUUAUGGGACCGUGUUUGACCAGCUGGUGGCAGAACAGAGCGGAACAGAGAAGGAGGUAACAGAACUUUCGAUGGGAGAGCUUCUGAUGCAUUCUACAGUUUCCUGGUUGAAUCCAUUUCUAUCUCUAGGAAAAGCCAGAAAGGACCUUGAACUCACAGUGUUUGUUUUUAAGAGAGCUGUCAUAUUGGUUUACAAAGAAAACUGCAAACUGAAAAAGAAAUUGCCCUCGAAUUCCCGGCCUGCACACGGCUCUGCUGACUUGGACCCAUUCAAAUUUCGCUGGCUGAUCCCCCUCUCCGCGCUUCAAGUCAGGCUGGGGAACACAGCAGGGACAGAAAAUAACUCCCUCUGGGAGCUGAUCCACACCAAGUCAGAAGUAGAAGGACGGCCGGAAACCACCUUCCAGUUGUGCUGCAGCGACUGUGAAAGCAAAACCAACAUCGUGAAGGUGAUUCGUUCCAUUCUGCGGGAAAACUUCCGGCGCCACAUCAAGUGUGACCUGCCCCUGGAGAAAACAUGUAAGGAUCGCCUGGUACCUCUUAAGAACCGUGUUCCUGUUUCAGCGAAAUUAGCUUCGUCGAGAUCCUUAAAAGCGCUCAGGAACUCCUCCAGCAGUGAAGGGAUGGGCGAGCCCAGCAAGGGCACCUCGCUGGACUCCGAUGAUGGCAGCCUGGGCAGCAGCACGCAGAGCAGUGGCUGCCACACGGCCGAGAGCAGGCAGGACUCCAAGAGCGCGUCACCGGUGAAAUGCCCACCCGCAAGCUUGUCGGAGUUUUCAGACAGUCUCAUCAAAGAGAGUGAUAUUCUGAGUGAUGAGGAGGACGACUACCAGCCGGCUCUGAAGCGGGGCAGCCCGACCAAAGACAUUGAGAUUCAGUUCCAGAGACUGAGGAUCUCCGAGGAGCCCGACGCUCGCCCAGCGGGGCAGCCGCCUGGCACGCAGGCUCGGGAGGGCCAGCAGGGAGGAGAGCACCCCAAGCUGAUCCGUGGGCAUUUCUGCCCCAUCAAACGAAAAGCAAACAGCACCAAACGGGACCGAGGAACUCUGCUGAAGUCACAAGUACGUCACCAGUCCCUUGACAGCCAGUCUGAAAACGCUCACAUCGAUAUAAAUUCCGUUCUCCAGCGAGAGUUCAGUGUCCAGAGUCUGACGUCGGUGGUCAACGAGGAGUGUUUUUAUGAAGCAGAGGGCCACGGGAAGUCAUAGUACAGUCUCCAUCCAGAUAUGCGCCGAGUUGCUCAACUUACCUUCAAACUGGUGUAAAGUGGACACAGCAGGAAAACGAUUCAUGCUUGGGUUUUGCGAAGUAUGCAUUUUCCCAUACGAGAGUUGUAAAGAUUUAAGUUAUUUUAAUUUAUUGUGGAUCAGGAUACUAGAUGAAACUGGUUGGAAUCUGUAAAUUACUUAGUUUAUAUCCCUUUUGAGCAGGCAUCAAAAUGAUUUAGAAUCUUGAAAAUAAAAUCGCAUUCUAAUUAUUUUAAGUUAUGUGGAAAAAGUAAGAUGGGGAAGUUGUGAUGAAUAGCUUUUUAAAAGGUCCUAUUUCCUCCUCCCCCCACCCCCAAUUCUCUGGGCAUUUUUUUUGAGCUGUUAGUUUUUGCUUUAUUUAAAGCAUAUUUAAGUUAUUCUAACGUGGUUUAGGGGCACACUGUGGAGAUAUUUCAUUUUUGCAAGGUUAUAAUAGAUGCUGUUUAUACUAAACACUGCCAUACCUAUGCAGUAUACAUAUUAAAAGGAAGCUUGUACUGUA